AUGAUAAAUGGCUAUCCUACAACAAGGCAGGUGGGAGAAGAGUUGUCUAGGCACGGCUUUGAGAACGUGCACGCGCACGACGGCUCGUGUGCCAUGCUGGACGUCUGCCGCAGGAAGAAGGUCUACUCCAAGUUUAUUUGCAGCGUCAUCAAUGACGACACCGGACUUCCGGUUAAAAACGGCUUCUAUGAUGCUGUUGUUACAUCCGGGGCAGUCCUGGAAAACCAUCUUCCUGUGUCAGCACUUGCAGAAAUUAUACGUGUUACUAAAUCAGGCGGGUUUUGUAUAGUUGCAUACAGCUCGGACGUACUGAGCACCAACUACGGCAAGUCUUGGGAGAAAGAGAUGAGAAGGUUGGAGGAAGACGGACUGUGGUCACGGCACUGUAAGGUCCUGAUACCAAACUUCUACAUCAACACACGGGGGGUCGUGGACGUCUUACAUGUGGCUUAG